ACCAUGUGCGGACCGUUCUGUAAAAUAAAAGAUGUUUUGUUAGACACAGUUUCAUUAAUUGAACAACAAACAUUACAUGGUACCAGGAGUGGUCAGAAGUUCAGAUAGUCGUUAUGGAAAGUGUAAAACCGCCUGACGCUGUCAACUGGACGGGAAAUAUUGACUGUGAGUGGCGAACGUUUAAGCAACGAUUUACACUGUAUUUGCAAGCAGUGGGGCUGGAUGAACAGUCGGAUGCAAGAAAGAUUGCUUUAUUGCUCACCGUCACGGGACCGCAAUCGAUCGAGGUAUUUAACACGCUGGUGUUUGAUCGAGCAGAAGAUAAAGGAAGCUUCGAGAAAGUGAUCGAGAAAUUUGAUUUACACUGCUCACCAAAAAAGAACGAGACAUUUGAGAGGUAUGUUUUUCGUUCACGUCUGCAACUUCAAGGAGAGACAUUUGAUAGUUUCUUAAUCGACCUCAAAUUGAAAGCAAGGACAUGUAACUUUGGAUUGCUACAUGAUUCAAUGGUCAGGGACCAAAUAGUGUUUGGAAUAAAUGACAAGAAAAUGAGGGAGAGAUUGUUGAGAGAAACUGAGCUGACAUUAACUGAUGCAGUACGGAUAUGUCAUGCCAGUGAAGUGGCGCAGCAACAUGCUAAAACAUUUAGUGAACAUACAAAGACUGCUGCACAUGAAAGUUCGUCAGUAGCUGCAGUGACAGAGAGAGCUCAGAAACAAAGCUCAUCAAAAUGGAAACAGCAAUAUGAAAAAGAAAUGUUCAAUUGUAAGAGAUGUGGCAAAAGACACAGACCAAAGCAGUGCCCAGCCUAUGGCAAAACCUGUGCUAAAUGUGGAGGGCAGAAUCACUUUGCAAAGCAGUGCUUGACAAAAAAACAUAGUCGAAGCGAACGAGUCCAUACAGUGGAAGAAACUGCUCUUAGUGACACAUUCUUUGUAGGCCUGGUAGAACAGGCUGAAGAAAACAGUCUUGUGAAGGAUAAGUGGACUGCAGCUGUAGAAAUAAAUGGAGCAACAAUAAUGCUGAAAUUAGACACAGGAGCCAAAGCCAAUCUGAUCUCUGAAAGAGAUAUAAGAAAAAUGAAAAGCAAGCCACAUAUUAAACCAAACACUGUGCAACUCAAAGCUUACAACGGACAGAGCAUAGAAACAAGAGGAACAUGCAAAAUCAAAGUAAAAGUGAAAAGUAAAGAACAACACCUUGUGUUCGUAGUCGUUCCAGAUGGACAUGAUUCAGUGUUGGGAGACAAGGCAUGUGAAGACUUAGGCCUAGUUAAAAGAGUAGACAACAUAAAAUAUGGCAAUACACAGAACAGCGUUGAUAAUAUAGUAAAACAGUUUCCGAACAUUUUUGAAGGGUUUGGAGCGCUUCCAUUCACCUAUAAGAUACAGCUCAAAGAGGAUGCAAAGCCAGUGGUCCAUGCUCCGAGACGGGUACCAGCCCCGCUAAGAGAUAAGUUAAAACAGGAACUGGAAAGGAUGACAGCCAUGGGAGUUAUAAAGAAAGUGGAACAGCCGACAGAAUGGGUGAACUCCAUGGUUUGUGUAAGAAAAGCAAACGGAGAAUUACGUGUGUGUAUGGAUCCAAAAGACCUAAACGCAAACAUUCAGAGAGAACAUUAUCAGAUUCCGACUCGGGAAGAAAUCAUCAGUGAGAUGGGAGGUGCAAAGUUCUUCACAAAGCUAGAUGCAUCUCAGGGCUUUUGGCAGGUAAAACUACAUGAAGAUAGCACACACUACUGCACAUUCAACACACCCUUUGGCAGAUACUCCUUCUUGAGGAUGCCCUUUGGGAUUUCUUCAGCACCUGAAGUGUUUCACAAAGCCAUGGAGCACAUAAUUGAAGGAAUACAAGGAGUUCGUGUCUAUGUGGAUGAUGUCAUAUUGUGGGGAUCCACAAUUGAACAGCACAAUGAAAGGCUCAUGGAAGUUUUGCAGCGAGUGCAGAAAUAUGGACUGAGGCUGAAUAAACAAAAAUGUCAGUUUGGAGUAAAGGAAGUCACGUUUCUAGGAGACAAGCUGACAGAAGGUGGCGUACAACCAGACAAAAGUAAAAUUCAAGCAAUACUCAAUAUGCCAAGACCUACAGACAAAAAGGCAGUGUUAAGAGUGAUGGGAAUGAUUAACUUUAUCGGCAAGUUCAUACCAAACCUGUCGUCAAAGACAGUGUACAUGAGAGAACUGUUACAUGACAAGUGUGAGUUCAAGUGGACAAACAACCAUGAACAAGAGUGGGGACGUCUGAAGACACUCUUGACAACAGAGCCUGUGCUGACUUUCUUUGAACCAUCUAGGAGGACAAAGAUAUCAACUGAUGCAUCUAAGGAUGGCCUGGGAGCUGUGCUGCUCCAGGAAGAAGGAAAACACUGGAGGCCAGUUGCGUAUGCAUCAAGAACAAUGACGCAAGCUGAGUGUCGUUAUGCCCAGAUCGAGAAGGAGUGCCUUGGACUGGUGUAUGGAGUGGAGAAGUUUCACAGUUAUGUGUAUGGACUUCCAAAGUUUGUGGCGGAGACAGAUCACAAGCCACUAAUAGCCAUCAUCAAGAAAAAUUUGAGUGAAAUGUCACCGAGAAUCCAACGGCUAAUGAUGAAGCUUCAGAGAUAUGACUUUGAACUGAUAUAUACACCUGGAAAGUACAUUGUGCUAGCAGACGCCCUGUCCAGAGCAACCUCAGACAGUGAGACACAUCACAAGAGCUCUACAGAAGCUGACGUGACUCUUCAUGUGAACAUGAUAGCUGGUGCUCUUCCAGUGACUGAUGCAAAGUCUAAACAGAUUGUAGCUGAAACCGCGAAAGACAGAGAGCUACAGAUUGUCAUCAAACUUCUGAAUGAAGGCUGGAAAAAGGAAGCAUGUUCACGGUACUACAAUAUAAGGACAGAGUUGAGUGUGGUAGAAGGACUUCUGCUGAGACAGAAUAGAAUAGUAAUACCACAAGCACUGAGAAAGGAAAUGCUGAGAAGAUUGCAUGAGGGACAUCUGGGAGCAGAAAAAUGCAAAAGGAGAGCCAGGACAGCCAUCUAUUGGCCAGGAAUUAAUGCUGACAUUGACAGAAUGGUGUCAACCUGUGAUACCUGCUUAAGUCAUCGAGCAAAGCAGCAAAAAGAGCCAAUGAUCAUCACUGACACGCCUAGUGAGCCUUGGCAGAAAAUUGGAACAGAUUUGUUUGUCUUAAAUGGGAAGAACUAUCUGCUUGUUGUGGACUACCUGUCUAACUAUCCAGAGAUGGCUCUGCUUCCAAAUACAUCUACUGCCAGUGUAAUCACACACAUGAAGUCAAUCUUUGCAAGGCAUGGUAUCCCUCAGGUUGUCUGUAGUGACAAUGGACCGUGUUAUAAUAGCAAAGAAUUCCAGGAAUUUGCAGUGGAGUAUGACUUCAAACAUGUGACAUCGAGCCCGCUAUAUCCACAAUCUAACGGGAAAGCGGAAAAGGGAGUACAUAUAGUUAAAAUGCUACUGAAGAAAGCAGUGAGCAGCAAGUCUGACCCGUAUCUAGCAUUGUUAAAUUACCGUGCUUCACCACUGGAACAUGGUUUAUCUCCAGCUGAGAUGCUAAUGGGAAGAAAAUUGCGUACUACCCUGCCUUACCUGAGUCAACCAAAGAAAAUCAAAGGGUUGCAAAAGAAACAAAUGCAACUAAAAAAGAGACAGAAAAUGAACUAUGAUAAGACCUCCAGGAGUCUUCGACCUCUUGCUAACAAUGACACAGUAAGACUUGAGGAUUGCAAUACCUGGCAUAGAAAAGCCACAGUCCUUGAGGAGGUUUAUCCAAGAUCUUACACUGUGAAAACAGAAGAUGGUCAGAUCCUGAGAAGAAAUAGGAGAAGUUUGCUGAAAACACAAGAAACAGUGCCACAGGAUACAUCACCUGUAGAAUCGGAAACAGAACCAGUUAUAGACAAUAAAGAGGAUGAAAAGGAGACACACUUAUCCUGA